AUGAUUUCUCCAGCACCACGAUCGAGUUUAGCGUGGAAACAUUCGAUAGAUGUUGCGGCUGGUGUCAUCAACGCUGACAGAGACCCAAUUAGGGUUAUCCUGUUCAGCCAUUCAGAUGUUGAUUUUGAAGUGAAGGUUGGAGAUAGGGUUGCACAGAUGAUCAUCGAGAAGAUCUUGACCCCUGAAGUUGCUGAAGUUGAUGAUUUCGAUUCAACUGUCAGAGGUGCCGGUGGUAUUGGUUCCACCAGCGUUCAAAAAUUCAUGAAUGAAUGA